AUGAGCGAAAAUGGAUUCAUAAUAAAUUCCUCCGAAUCUGUCAGUAAUCCAACAGAAACUCCAAUUAUAAUAGUUAUACAAGAUCCAUCAGCAACAGCAACAAUAACACUUCCAACUCUUCCAUAUGAUAAUAAUAACGCCACCCCGAUAGAAACGUCAACUCAAACUACAGCAACACCGACAAUAGAAAACUCACCGUUUAUAACAUCAACAACAUCGUAUUCUCCUUCCACUAUUCCAACAAUUCCGAGCCAAGUAGAACAAUUGAACUACCCAUCAUCGCCUUUUUCAGACAACAAUAACGAUAUUGCCACUGAACAAAAUGACGUUAAUCUUGCCAGUGUAUUAGUGCCAAUCUUCACUAUAACUUUCAUCGUCAUAAUAAUUGGUCUAAUACUAUAUCGAAAACGACUGCGAGAUAAAAGCCGACAGUAUCUUAGUGAUACCAGCAAUAGUGAUAGGACUCUUUGUAAUGAAACAACAGUAAUCGACGGCCCGGAUUAUUGUGGUGACGGGCCAUUCGAAACUAUCUACAAUUUAUCACGACCAAGACGACCACCGGCAGCAUUGUUGGGCCAUCGUCGUACGAGUACAGUACUACAAUUUGAAGCGAUGCAUCCACAUGUUGUGGUUGUCGAUAUGGAAAAUAAUGCGUCCAAUCAUGAUAGUAUUAUUAUCGGAACUGACGGGCGAGAUGGGGAUUGUCGUAUGAUUAAAGUGUUGCAGUUUGAUGAUGCGAGUGAAUCUGAAGGUAAAAAUCAUAGAAGAGGUUGCUUUAGAUUCGGAAAAAAAUAG